AUGAGAAGUCGCAUACAGACAAUCAUGACAGGAGAAGGACUUUAUCGACAACCCUUUCAUGUGCACGAAAAGAGCCGUACACGAGGCGAAAGAAGGAUCGACGCACUCAUGAGAUCCACUCAGAGGAAAAUAGCGGAUGCCCUGCAGCCUCGCCGGAGAAUCUUGCCUUGGUUGGCAUUAAACGAGGUAUUCAUGGCCGAAUUUUUUGCGUCAAGACCGAUCACUUUGACAAUCCAGGCCGACAACGAGAAAACAUUCACGAUUAGGUCAUCGGGUAUCUGUGUUUGUACGGGUUCGGGAUCUCGUUCCUGGUUCAGAACGAUGAAUUUACAGACUGCCGAAACCGUUCAAACGCUUGCCGCCUUGGCAACUGGCAAGCAACUUGAUGAGAAAGAAACCGACGAACUGUUGCAAAAGUAUCACAAUAACCUUCUCUUCCCUCCAGAAGCUUUAAAAAUGACUUAUAUGAUAUACGAGAUGUAUCGCGGUUCGCGCUGCUCAAAAUUCAUUCCAGAAAGGCAAAUGUGUCGCAGGGUCAAAGUUAAAUCUAGAGGCUUCGACGCCGGUCUCGUUCUCGAUGGAUGCGAAUCUUUACCUUUCAACGACGGUAGCACCGCAACCUUCGAGAUUCGACCUGAAUUUUCAUUAAAAAAUAUAAUUUUUUCAUAA